AUGGCUGAUAACAUUCGACGUGCUCUUCAACAAAUUGAUCUCGGUAUCGAUGAUGAACCAUUUGCUAUUCCUCAAGCGGUGGUUCAACAGGCGGAGGAUGCAAAUCGGUUUUGCCUUCUGGGGAGACCUCUUAUCCCUCGGAAACAAGACAUUCGGCAUCUAAUUAAUGCUCUUCCCCGUUCUUGGGGUUUGGUCGGCUUUGUUCGUGUUCGUAUUGUGGAGCAAAGGCGCUGUCCCUUCAUUUUUCCUUCUGAGGAAUCUCUGGCGACUGUUCAACGUCGUGGUCCUUGGGCUUUUGCUGAUCGUAUGGUGGUUCUACAACGCUGGGCUCCAGAUAUGGAUCCCAAUUCUCUCAAUUUCAUUCCUUUUUGGAUUCAAAUUCGUGGAAUCCCUUUCCAAUUUUUGAAUCUGGGAGUGAUUACUAGUAUCACUCGUGCUUUGGGAGAACGUAUGGAGAUUGAUUUUGAUGAAGAAGCUGCAAAUCGGGUUCAGUUUGUUCGUGUCCGGAUUAACUGGAAUGUUGAUCACCCUCUCUGUUUCCAGCGUAACUUUCAAUUCACCCCUGGUGUGAAUACGGUGCUUAGUUUCUUCUACGAGCGUCUCCGUGGGUUUUGUUCUGUCUGUGGUCUGUUAACUCAUGAUACGGGUCGCUGUCUCAUCCAGAAUGGUGGUCAUGAGGGUCCUGAUGAAGAUAAUAACGAUGAUGAUGAUGAAGCCCCUGAGUAUGUGGGUAACCCGGGGGUUCAUAUUGAGGAGAUUAAUGAUGCAAACGGACCUAACAUGGAUGCAGAUGGCCCUGGAAAUCUGAACGAGCAAGAUCUGCCUCCUGCUGCUGCUGUUGAGGCUGAGGGUGAUGCUUUGGAUGUUGCUUCAGAGUUCUCUGAUAUCGAUCCGGAGCAUAAUUCUCUGGAAUCUGAUGAUGAUUAUGAAACAAAUGACUACACUGGUACUUUCAGUGCUGAGCUUGAUCCUAAUGAAUUGUUUAACCCUAUUCCUCCUUUUGACAAUGCAACAGGAGACAUCCCUAGAAGCUCUUCGUACCCGAUGAUGUCUAAGGCUAUUCAUUCUAUUCCAGACGUUUUGGAGAAUUCUGCUCAUGAGUUGAUAUCCAUGCUGGAUUCUAAGGACAAAGGCAAGCGCAAAAGAGAGGAUUGUAUCGAACAAUCUGAUGGUGGUGCUAUGGUGAAGAUGAGGUUUGACAUGUCGGGUGAAGGUAGUGGUUCUGUAUCCGCUACUGCUCAAGGGUUGGGUAGUGCUCCUACAGUUCGACGCCGAAAGGAGAUCAGUCUGAAGAAUCUCCUGGACAUCAUCUGCCUAUCAGAGACAAAACAACAAGAUGAUUAUGUGGUUCAACAAGCUUUAGAUUUGGGUUAUCAUCAUUGUGUAACAGUUCCUCCAGUUGGGUUAAGUGGGGUUUCAAGUAAUGGAAUCAGUUUCUACUUCUCUUUUGUUUAUGGUCAUCCCCAUCCUUUCUUUCGUAAAGAGACUUGGGAGAAAUUGGAAAGACUAGCCAUUACUAGAAACAGCCAUCCUUGGUUCAUAAUGGGAGACUUCAAUGAACUGUUAGGCAACAAUGAGAAACGAGGGGGAAGAUUAAGACCUGAGACUUCUUUUGCAGACAUGAGAAAUAUGGUUAGACACUGCAAUUUUUCAGAUUUGAAGAUCAUUGGAGAUAGAUUCUCUUGGGCUGAUCAGAGAGGUGCUCAUUAUGUGAGAAGUUGUUUAGAUCGCACUAUGGCUAAUGCCCAUUGGCAUUCUCUGUUUCCAGCCUCUGAAACUCGUUUUCUUGAGUUUGAUGAGUCUGAUCAUCGCCCGUUGGUGACUUCAAUUGCAGAAUCAACAGUUUUGAGACGUGGGAUGUUUACUUAUGACUCAAGAUUAUAUGAUAAAGAGGGUUUUAAAGACUCAGCUUUGAGAGGUUGGAGAAGAGUUUCUGGUUCUGCUCAGGGGAGUUUGAUUCAACGCCUCAGUUUUUGUAGACAAGAAAUGUCCCUCUGGAAACGUUGUAAUCGUAUGAAUGCUAAUGAGAGAAUUGGUAUCCUUAAGAGAGAUUUGGACAGAGCUGUUGCUUUUGGUUCUCCGAUAUCAGAAAGAAAUAAAAUUCGUCAGGAGUUGAAUCAAGCGAGAUUAGAGGAAGAGUUUCACUGGAAAAUCAAAAGCAGGAACACUUGGUUAUCUGUUGGGGAUCGCAAUACUGCGUUUUUUCAUAAGACUGCUCAAGCUAAGAAAAUCAGAAACAUAAUAAAUGUUAUUCAAGAUCAAGAUGGUGUGUUACGGCGGUCUGAGAAUGAGAUUGCUGUGGCUGCUUCUAAUUAUUUUCAGGAUGUGUAUUCUUCUCAGGCUACAACUGACACCAAUCUUACUAGUCUUUUCCAAAAUAUUCAGAGCAAGGUUUCUUCUUCUAUGAAUAGUGAUCUUACUAGAGAUAUUUCUGAAGAGGAAAUUUAUCAAGCUGUUUUCAGUAUUGGCACUCAUCGUGCUCCAGGUCCUGAUGGUUUCUCCGGAGUUUUUUAUCAUCAGUUUUGGGAUGAUAUCAAGAUCGAUGUUAUCAAUGAGGUUAAAAGUUUUUUCAAUGAUAGUAGUAUGGGGAAUCUUCAUAACCAUACUAAUAUCUGUCUAAUUCCAAAGAUUGAAUGUCCCAUUUCAAUGUCAGAUUAUCGUCCGAUAGCUCUGUGUAAUGUUAGCUACAAGAUAAUCUCUAAAGUCCUGGUGAAUAGAUUGAAAUCACAUCUUGGUAAUGUUAUUUCUGAGAAUCAAGCAGCUUUUAUCCCGGGCCGGAUGAUCACGGACAACAUUAUCAUUGCUCAUGAAGUUCAUCAUGCCUUAAAAGUUCGGAAGCGUCAAUCUAAAUCUUAUAUGGCUGUCAAGACGGAUAUUACCAAGGCUUAUGAUCGUCUAGAAUGGAAUUUCUUAGAGAAAACUAUGUCAGUCUUGGGUUUUGAUCAGAAAUGGAUUCGCUGGAUAAUGACUUGUGUCUCUUCUGUUAGCUACUCAGUCUUGAUCAAUGGCACUCCUCAUGGUUUGAUUCAUCCAGGGAGGGGGUUAAGGCAGGGAGAUCCGUUAUCCCCCUAUCUUUUUAUUCUUUGUGCUGAGAUUCUUUCUCAAUUGGUUAACAAUGCAGCUGCCAAUAGGUCUUUACAGGGGAUUAAAGUCAGUAAUGGUGGGGUUCCCAUUACCCAUCUUUUAUUUGCUGAUGACUCCUUAUUUUUUACACUGGCUAAUGAUAAAUCCUGUAACGCAUUGAAGAAGAUCUUUUCUAGUUAUGAGCAAGCUUCUGGUCAAGCAAUCAAUUUAAGUAAGUCUUCUAUUACGUUUGGCAGUCGGGUGCAUCAUGAUGUCAAAAGACGGAUCAGAAAUAGAAUGGGAAUCCACAAUGAUGGGGGUGGUAAGUAUCUUGGUUUGCCUGAGCAAUUUAGUCGAAAAAAAACUGAAAUGUUUCAAUACAUUUUGGAAAAAGUGAAAGAGAGAACUCAAGGAUGGAGGAAGACUUUUCUUUCUCCAGCAGGAAAAGAGGUCUUACUUAAAUCAAUUGCUCUUGCUAUGCCAAUCUAUUCUAUGAAUUUAUUUCGACUUCCAAAGGAGAUAUGUGAGGAGAUCUCUAGUAUUCUUGCUCGGUUUUGGUGGAGUAAUGAUGAAAAUAAGAAGGGUAUGCAUUGGUUUGCUUGGAAUCGUAUGAGUCUCCCUAAAAAAGAAGGUGGUUUAGGUUUUCGUGAUCUGGAGCAUUUUAAUACAGCUUUACUGAGUAAGCAAGCUUGGAGAAUAUUGAAGCAUCAUAACUGUCUUAUGGCUAAAGUUUUAAAAGGUCGCUAUUUUGCAGACUCAAAUAUUCUGGUUGCUACAUAUAAACCUAAAUCUUCCUAUUUGUGGAAAUCUAUUCUUCAUGGGCGUGAUUUAUUGACUAAGGGACUUCGUUUUAUUAUUGGUGAUGGCUCUAUGGUUAAUGUUAGUAAGGAUCCUUGGCUUCCUUAUCAUCCUCCUAGAGCUCCUGUUGUUAUUAUGGAUAAUGUGGAGUCUUUAAAAGUUUCUGAGUUGUUGAAUGAUGAGAAAACAGGCUGGAAAGAUGAUAUAGUUCGGAGGAUUAUUCAUGAAGAUGAUGUUGAUACUGUGUUGAAGUUAAAGAUAACUACUGGGGCAGAGGGUGAUUUUUUAGGUUGGCAUUACAACAAGGAUGGAAACCAUUCGGUUAAAUCUGCUUAUUGGCUUUCCACUCAUAUCAAUGAUCAGAAUAUUCAGCCUCCUCCUGGUAAUGUCAAUCUAAAAACUUUAAUUUGGAAACUGCAUACUGCUCCGAAGCUCAAGCAUUUUCUUUGGCGUUUUUUAUCGGGGGCUCUUCCUACGGGUGCUACAAUGAAAGCUAGGCAUAUAAAUCAGUAUUUUGUUUGUCGUCGUUGUUGUUCUACAGAUGAGUCAAUUGAGCACUUGUUUUUUGGUUGUACGUAUGCGCAAGCUGUUUGGAGGGGAUCGGGUAUUCCUGUGAAUCGUAUUUUGGAUCCUACCAUAUCUGUGGAAGAUAAAAUUCAGAUUUUCUUCACCAUGAAUGCAGAUCAGAACCUUGAUAAGAUCCAUAGACAUUUUCCAAUCUGGAUUUUAUGGAGGUUAUGGAAGUGUAGGAAUAUGCUUCUCUACCAAUGUAAAUUCUUUGAUUGGAAUUAUUGUUUACGUCAGGCAAAGCGUGAUGCUAUUGAAUGGUGUGAUGUUAUUAUUAAAGUUGAUUCUCUACAUAUGCAUCCAAGACAGCAUGACAGGUUAUUGAAUACUCAUUCAAAUUGGCAUCGUCCGGAUCAGGGUUGGAUUAAGUGCAACUACGAUGGAUCUUAUAUCAAUCCAACAGUUAAGGCUAAGGCAGGUUGGAUUUUUCGUACUACUACGGGUGUUUAUGAUGGCUCUGGCCAUGGUAUUGGUUUGUGUACUAGCUCGGCUCUUGAGAGUGAACUUCAGGCUGUUUGUUUGGCUCUGCAACAUGCUUCGAUCAAAAGUUACAAGAAUAUUCAUUUGGAGGGUGAUAAUAAAGAGGUGGUGUCUAUUCUUCAAGGUCUUUCUCAGAACUUUGCUGUGCUAAACUGGAUUCGUGAAGUGAAGAAUUGGAGUCGUCAUUUUGAUAAUAUCAAAUAUAGUUGGAUUUCUAGAAGAGGAAAUUCAUGUGCUGAUACUUUAGCUAAAGCUCCCUUACCUAAUGAUCUUUCUGUUUAUUACUAUUCUUAUGCUCCUCAUUUUUUGAUUCAGCCUUUGUACAUUGAUAACAUUUGA